AUGGCAGCUGUCAAAGUGGUAAAAUGUCGACCUUUCUCCAAGUUACGACCUUUGAAGUUACCCGCCAAACUGCGACAUAAGCAUGCCUGGGACGUGGCUGGGACAUGGUUUCAAGGCGGUCGACAAGAGACACAGUACUUCCUGGGCGACCUGGCGGAGUGUCAGCGGGAGGGUUUGUGGCGCCCCUGUCGCGUCUCGCGGGUUCCCAGCGACGCGAAGCCGCACGACGGAUCCUUUCGGGUGAAGUUCGAUGCGGAUGCGGAGGAGAUGAAAUGCUGGUACAAGGACCUUCGCAAGGUCUCCAAGCCUCACCUGGUCCCAUGGCCUCCCUGGCUCUCCUCCUGGCAGCCCUCCGAGGCCCCGCCGGACCCCCGUUGCUGGGACCACCUCGAAGCCGGCGACGGCACGGCCGCGACGCCGUGGCGCCACGGGGAAGCCGCGGAGGCCGUGGCGAUCUCGGCCGCGGAGCGGCAGCGGGAGGCGGCGCAGUGGCAGCGCUGGGAACAGGAGGAAGCGGAACGAAGGGCGGAGCGACAGAGGCAACGGGAGGAAUUUCAGAGAUACUGCAGGGACAGGGAUGUUUUCUUGAAGGAUCAUUUAGGCCAAGAUGAUGGAUCUGAAGGCCAGGACACAGACCAUGAAGAGCACGCCUCCCAGGUUUGA